UCCCCGGGACCCCCGGCAUCCCCGGGACCCCCGGGACCCCCGGCUCCGCAGCCUCCUCGACAGUGAAGCCAAAAGGCUGGAAUUAGAAAGGCAGCUGAUGGAACACACAAUGGCUGAUCCAUACCUGGUGCAGGUGCAGUCCCUGGAGCUGCAGGAGCGCCUGGCAGCCGUAUCCCAGCGCCAGCAGUCGGCUCUGCGGCGGAACCGCUCCUACCGCCGGGAAUUCCGCCGGCUGCAGGAGCACAUGGAAACCACAGGUUUGGAGAUGAUUCGGAAGAUGGAAGCAUGGUAUGGAAGGGAAAUUAAAAGCCUGUUAUCCCUUCAAGAGGGCAGCUUGUCAGCAGGAGGUGACAAGGAGGAAGGAUCCAGCGAGCAGGUGCCACAGGCUGCAAGACAGGCAGGGAUUGGCACCGAGACAGCUGUGCCAAGAGAACAGCACCAUCCAGCAACAGCCUUCCUGGGCUGCCCCACUCCAGCUGUGUCAGCCUCAGGAGCUCUGGGAAUGAAGCAGGAACCCCCCCAGCCCCCAUCCCCUGAGGGACUGGGUGCCGAGAGCCAGAGCGCUGGUGGAGAGGCUGAGGGAGCAGCGGGACACGGGGACCUGGCUGCCAGUGAGGAGGGCUCUCAGCAGCUCAUCUCCUCAGCUCCUGAUCCCACACCAGCCACCCCCAAGGAGGGAGAGCUGCAGGGAAGUGUUCCAGGAUCCAAGUCUGUCCCGAGUAAGUGGUGGGCUGGUACGGAGGAGAGCAGUGCAGAGCUCCCGGUGUCCCGCAGUGCAGAGGAGGGGGUGACGCCCAGCACGCCCAGCGCGCAGCAGGAGCGGGACGGGCAUGCCCAGGCUGUGGAGGGCUCCCCACUGCCCCCACUGAGCUGUACCCCAGCACAGGAGGAGCCCUCAGACAGCUCAGCACUAGACAGGGACACGGACGUGCUGCAGAGUCACCUGAGCCACCAUUCCCUGCUCCUGGAACAGCACCGGGCUCAGGCCCUGGAGGGAGUGUCGGAGACGUCUGACAGCCUGCUGGCUUGGGGUGAGGAGGCACAGGACAGCCAGGCUCUGCCAGUGCUGAGAGAGACCCUUCCAGGAGAGCGUGGGGAUGGGUCACCUGUCCAGGGUGAGGAGUCAUCCUGCAGUUUGCCAUCGAUCCUGACAGAUGACAGGGAAGAGGAGCGGGCGGAACGCACUGCCCGGCUCACCGGCACGGGAGAACCAGGUCGGGAUCUGGGCGAUGACAGCUCCAAAGCAAACGCCGGCCGGGAAGCGCGCUUGGAAACCAGUUCUUCGUCGGACGGGAUAGUCCUUCCCUUCUCCAGGACUGAGACACGGAGGGAGACGGUAACUGCCAUAAAGUCCAAAGCGUUCUGGGGCGAAUCGGACGAGAGCAGCUCCGAGCUCGAGGCCGCCCUGCGCCCGCAGACCCACAGCGCCGACUCGGACGACUUCGAUGACUUCUGUGAGUGAGAUUCCCUGCUCCUUCUGGGCAGAAACACAAGUGUGGUCCUGCACACAGUGGGUGUGCACCCACGGGCUGAAGCACUGCCCGUCUCUUUAUGGGCAGAGGAAAUGUAAAUACCAAAUAAACAUCCCGGCUCCUA